UAUAGAUGCUGCCGAAGACGAUCUAUUGACGACGAUUUAUUAUUUUACAGGAAGAACAACAUGAAGCCUCCGCUUCUUGUUGUUGGCAUUUUGCUCCUUUAUAAUAUAGCCAUAUCUAGCCAGGAUGGUUUAACUGAAGAAGAAUUUGCUAAAGAAAAAAAAUAUAUGUAUGACGCGUUAGAAGAGGUCCACGAGUUAAAAUUGCUGGCAACAACCUUUCUAAUGCUUGAAAAUACAAUUCGAAAGCGGAAAACUGCACCGGCGAAAUACCGAGGAGGUCCUUUAAUUAAUGAAACCUAUGUAAGAUCGAUUAUUCCUAGAAAUAUGGAAUCAGCUAGGAAUAGUUUUGAUUUUGACAAUGUGAAUUUCAAUUUCGAUGCAGCCGUCUCCAACAUAGUGUCUGCAUUGGGUAAAAUUAAUAUGCCGAAUAUACCGAGCACCAAUUAUUAUUACUUUUAUUAUGACGAAUAUGAUGAUCAUGUUUAUGAGGCCUAUCCAUCAGGCGAUAAUUCGAAGAUGACAGUGCACGCUAUACAGUCUGCCCUCGAAGGUACUCAUGAUCAUGCGACUCAAUGGGAAGAACAGCCUCCCCCACCUUUACCUGCGUAUGGAUCUAUGGAUAUUAUAUUGCAAAACCAGGAUGAAAUACUUGAUGCGCUGGUCAGUGAGGAUGAGGCGAAAAUAAAGGAAGUACUGAAUUUUAUGGAAGACGAAUUAGCAAAGGAAGAUCUGAAAUCAAAAGCAGAAACGGUUGUGGAAGCAGUGGAGUCAGCUCAAAUGCUUGGAAUUUUAGAACAAAUAGGAGAAGAAAUUAAACCGGACUUUAACAAACUACCGUCUGAUAUCACCGAUCCUGAUCCAAACCUUUUGGCUGAGGAAUCAAUCUUGAUGCAGAACGAAGACGAUAUAAUUAACGCUAUUUUGGGCGGAGAUUUGGAUUCGUUGUUAGAUGAAAUUGAACAAAAAUUGAAGGACAAACGCAACAUAACCGGUGGACCUGUAAAAAGACCAGAGGUUCCCAGACCACCGGAGAAUCCGUAUGCACCUCAACAACCGGAAGGUAUGCUUUUCCAGACCAAUAUCCAUCACAACCUGAAGAACCGAAUACAUCACAACAGUCUGAAGAUCCGUAUGACCCACAAGAGCCUGAAGAAACGAAUGGACUACAACAACCUGAAGAUCCAUAUGCAUCACCGAGUUCAGAAGAUCUGCAUGAACCACACCAUCCCGAAGAUCCAUAUGCACCACAUCAUCCUGAAGAUCUGCAUGAACCACACCAUCCCGAAGAUCCAUAUGCACCACAUCAUCCUGAAGAUCUGCAUGAACCACACCAUCCCGAAGAUCCACAUGCACCACAUCAUCCUGAAGAUCUGCAUGAACCACACCAUCCCGAAGAUCCAUAUGCACCACAUCAUCCUGAAGAUCUGCAUGAACCACACCAUCCCGAAGAUCCACAUGCACCACAUCAUCCUGAAGAUCUGCAUGAACCACACCAUCCCGAAGAUCCACAUGCACCACAUCAUCCUGAAGAUCUGCAUGAACCACACCAUCCCGAAGAUCCAUAUGCACCACAUCAUCCUGAAGAUCUGCAUGAACCACACCAUCCCGAAGAUCCACAUGCACCACAUCAUCCUGAAGAUCUGCAUGAACCACACCAUCCCGAAGAUCCACAUGCACCACAUCAUCCUGAAGAUCUGCAUGAACCACACCAUCCCGAAGAUCCACAUGCACCACAUCAUCCUGAAGAUCUGCAUGAACCACACCAUCCCGAAGAUCCACAUGCACCACAUCAUCCUGAAGAUCUGCAUGAACCACACCAUCCCGAAGAUCUGCAUGAACCACACCAUCCCGAAGAUCCACAUGCACCACAUCAUCCUGAAGAUCUGCAUGAACCACACCAUCCCGAAGAUCCACAUGCACCACAUCAUCCUGAAGAUCUGCAUGAACCACACCAUCCCGAAGAUCCAUAUGCACCACAUCAUCCUGAAGAUCUGCACGAACCACACCAUCCCGAAGAUCCACAUGCACCACAUCAUCCUGAAGAUCUGCAUGAACCACACCAUCCCGAAGAUCCAUAUGCACCACAUCAUCCUGAAGAUCUGCAUGCACCACACCAUCCCGAAGAUCCAUAUGCACCACAUCAUCCUGAAGAUCUGCAUGCACCACACCAUCCCGAGGAUCCAUAUGCACCACAUCAUCCUGAAGAUCUGCAUGAACCACACCAUCCCGAAGAUCCAUAUGCCCCACAUCAUCCUGAAGAUCUGCAUGCACCACACCAUCCCGAAGAUCCAUAUGCACCACAUCAUCCUGAAGAUCUGCAUGCACCACACCAUCCCGAAGAUCCAUAUGAACCACAUCAUCCUGAAGAUCCAUAUGCCCCACAUCAUCCUGAAGAUCUGCAUGCACCACACCAUCCCGAAGAUCCAUAUGCACCACAUCAUCCUGAAGAUCUGCAUGCACCACACCAUCCCGAAGAUCCAUAUGAACCACAUCAUCCUGAAGAUCCAUAUGCCCCACAUCAUCCUGAAGAUCUGCAUGCACCACACCAUCCCGAAGAUCCAUAUGCACCACAUCAUCCUGAAGAUCUGCAUGCACCACACCAUCCCGAAGAUCCAUAUGCACCACAUCAUCCUGAAGAUCUGCAUGCACCACACCAUCCCGAAGAUCUGCAUGAACCACACCAUCCCGAAGAUCCAUAUGCACCACAUCAUCCUGAAGAUCCAUAUGCACCACAUCAUCCUGAAGAUCUGCAUGCACCACACCAUCCCGAAGAUCCAUAUGCACCACAUCAUCCUGAAGAUCCAUAUGCACCACAUCAUCCUGAAGAUCUGCAUGAACCACACCAUCCCGAAGAUCCAUAUGCCCCACAUCAUCCUGAAGAUCCAUAUGCACCACAUCAUCCUGAAGAUCCAUAUGCACCACAUCAUCCUGAAGAUCUGCAUGCACCACACCAUCCCGAAGAUCCAUAUGCACCACAUCAUCCUGAAGAUCUGCAUGCACCACACCAUCCCGAAGAUCCAUAUGCACCACAUCAUCCUGAAGAUCCAUAUGCACCACAUCAUCCUGAAGAUCCAUAUGCAGCACAUCAUCCAGAAGAUCUGCAUGCACCACACCAUCCCGAAAAUCCAUAUGCACCACAUCAUCCUGAAGAUCCAUAUGCACCACAUCAUCCUGAAGAUCCAUAUGCACCACAUCAUCCUGAAGAUCUGCAUGCACCACACCAUCCCGAAGAUCCAUAUGCACCACAUCAUCCUGAAGAUUUGCAUGCACCACACCAUCCUGAAAAUCCAUAUGCCCCACAUCAUCCUGAAGAUCUGCAUGCACCACACCAUCCCGAAAAUCCAUAUGCACCACAUCAUCCUGAAGAUCCAUAUGCACCACAUCAUCCUGAAGAUCUGCAUGCACCACACCAUCCCGAAGAUCCAUAUGCCCCACAUCAUCCUGAAGAUUUGCAUGCACCACACCAUCCCGAAAAUCCAUAUGCACCACAUCAUCCUGAAGAUCCAUAUGCACCACAUCAUCCUGAAGAUCUGCAUGCACCACACCAUCCCGAAGAUCCAUAUGCACCACAUCAUCCUGAAGAUCUGCAUGCACCACACCAUCCCGAAGAUCCAUAUGCACCACAUCAUCCUGAAGAUCCAUAUGCACCACAUCAUCCUGAAGAUCUGCAUGCACCACACCAUCCCGAAGAUCCAUAUGCACCACAUCAUCCUGAAGAUCUGCAUGCACCACACCAUCCCGAAGAUCCAUAUGCACCACAUCAUCCUGAAGAUCCAUAUGCACCACAUCAUCCUGAAGAUCUGCAUGCACCACACCAUCCCGAAGAUCCAUAUGCACCACAUCAUCCUGAAGAUCUGCAUGCACCACACCAUCCCGAAGAUCCAUAUGCACCACAUCAUCCUGAAGAUCCAUAUGCACCACAUCAUCCUGAAGAUCUGCAUGCACCACACCAUCCCGAAGAUCCAUAUGCCCCACAUCAUCCUGAAGAUUUGCAUGCACCACACCAUCCCGAAAAUCCAUAUGCACCACAUCAUCCUGAAGAUCCAUAUGCACCACAUCAUCCUGAAGAUCUGCAUGCACCACACCAUCCCGAAGAUCCAUAUGCACCACAUCAUCCUGAAGAUCUGCAUGCACCACACCAUCCCGAAGAUCCAUAUGCACCACAUCAUCCUGAAGAUCCAUAUGCACCACAUCAUCCUGAAGAUCUGCAUGCACCACACCAUCCCGAAGAUCCAUAUGCACCACAUCAUCCUGAAGAUCUGCAUGCACCACACCAUCCCGAAGAUCCAUAUGCACCACAUCAUCCUGAAGAUCCAUAUGCACCACAUCAUCCUGAAGAUCUGCAUGCACCACACCAUCCCGAAGAUCCAUAUGCACCACAUCAUCCUGAAGAUCUGCAUGCACCACACCAUCCCGAAGAUCCAUAUGCACCACAUCAUCCUGAAGAUCCAUAUGCACCACAUCAUCCUGAAGAUCCAUAUGCACCACAUCAUCCUGAAGAUCCAUAUGCACCACAUCAUCCUGAAGAUCCACAUGCACCACAUCAUCCUGAAGAUCCAUAUGCACCACAUCAUCCUGAAGAUCUGCAUGCACCACACCAUCCCGAAGAUCCAUAUGCACCACAUCAUCCUGAAGAUCUGCAUCCACCACACCAUCCCGAAAAUCCAUAUGCACCACAUCAUCCUGAAGAUCCAUAUGCACCACAUCAUCCUGAAGAUCUGCAUGCACCACACCAUCCCGAAGAUCCAUAUGCACCACAUCAUCCUGAAGAUCCAUAUGCACCACAUCAUCCUGAAGAUCCAUAUGCACCACAUCAUCCUGAAGAUCCAUAUGCACCACAUCAUCCUGAAGAUCCAUAUGCACCACAUCAUCCUGAAGGUACUUAUUUUAAUUUAUCCGUAUGCACCCCAUCAUCCCGAAGAUCCGUAUGCACCACAUCAUCCCGAAGAUCCGUAUGCACCAGAUUGUCCCGAAGAUCCGUAUGUUCCGUAUCUGCCAGAAGAUGUGUAUCCACCAUAUCCUCUUGAAGAUAUUUAUGAUGAAGUCGUAGCCGAAGAUCCCUACUAUCCUGAAGAGUUGUACAGGCCAUCAGGACAUCAAGUAGAUACUGGAGAUUUUGAAAAUGAGGAUGACUGGUCUCAUGUCCCAUCAUCCCCAGAUUAUUACGACAACCAACCAUUAGACAUGCAUGAUUUGCCUAUCGAGCUAAACGGUGCAGGUUGCAGUUGCAAAGAAAACCACGCCUGCGGUUGUUGCUUCAACAUCAAUUUAGUGUUCCUAGAGUCAUCAGGAUGCGCGAUGUUUAAGUACGUAGACCUGCAAACUAUGGAGGUAGCAAUUCAAUACAACGAUGAGAAUUUACUCCACGCUACUCUAACCAUUGAUCAUGCAGCGUGGCAAAAAGGAUCGACUAGGUCUCUCAAGCGCGGUAUAAAAUCGAAACCAAAAACCUAUUGCUUCCCCAUAAAGCACCAGACGCCGUUCUUGGAGCUGCCAAUAUCCGCUUGUGUUGCCGUGGAAAAUAUGAAAGUGAAACCCAACAGUUUGUCUAUGUGCAUAAAAGUGGAACUGAGACUGUCGAAUUUGAACAGUUUAAGGCACAACUUCGGUUGCGUAGAGAUGAAAGUGAAGCCGAACGAGAAGAAAAACAAUUUGCAUCACGAAGGAAAGAUGCCGAUGAAGCAGAUGCAACGAAAAGGCGGGAAGCACAAGAUGAUAAAGCAUGAAGUCGAUAAAAAGAAAUUUGAAAUGCCUACGAGAAAAUUCAAAUUCGAAUGGCCGAUCUACCCGAUAACUAUUUAACCGACGAGUUCUUAAUAAUGCUUGAUUUUAUAGAAUAAACUAUGUAGAGUA